UGUACGGCGUGGUGGCGCGCGCUGCAAUUAAGUAACGGGACAGAGCGUUAUAAAAAUAAAUAAAUACAUCAAAUACAAAAUACAAAGUACAACCAAAAUAAACAAGCAUAGAGAACAGCAGAAAUAUCAAGACCGUAUUACACAACUUGCCCAUCAACCAAACAACGACGACUUCCACGUCAAUCAGCAGAAUUCAACUUUUGGUACAUUCAAAAUCAAUUUGAGAUACUCAAAUAUCAAUUUUAAGGCUACACCUACCCACGUACAGGUGUACAGGGUGUAUCUAUAUGUACAGACACAAAUAUAAAGUUCUUUGAAUCGCUGCAUCCGAAUUGCGAUUGAGAAAACAAAGCAUUUGAGAAACAUCAUUUUGUAAAGACCAGUUGUGAAGAUACAAAAUCGAAUACAGAACAUAAAAAAUAGACAACCGAUACAAACACACUUACACGCUCACAUAGAUAUGUACAUAGUAAAUACAAGUAUAUAAACCGUCAAGCAAAUAUGCAUCUAUGCAACACACAGAUGCCCACAUAUAUAAAUAUAUAUCCAUGUGUAUAGGAGGAUGAUCUAGACAGCUACGCUUAUUACGUCAACCAAGACGGAAACACUUUGUCAAACAAAGACACACACACAUUUCUCAUUGUUAAUAAGCAUACUCAAUACAACGUGUAAUACACACAACAUAAACUAAAACCCAAAACAAAAAAAGCAAUAAAUACACACAAGAGGCCAAAGAUCUAGAUAAACUAUUCCAAAUUACUUUCAUAGUCACAGUGAAACGUUCUUCAAACCACAAGCUGCAGCUUAGACACAAAUCAGAGUCAGUCAAGAAUUGGAACAGGAAUCAGAAUCGGAAUCGGAAUCGGAAGAGGCACUGAGGCAUCGAGAGUGCAAGGUAUACAGGUAGAUCUAUAGAGGAUAGAGGCCUGCUAGCAAAAUGCAUAUUGAAAUACAAGUGGCGUUGAACUUUGUCAUUUCGUAUCUAUACAACAAAUUGCCACGUCGACGAGUCAAUAUCUUUGGGGAAGAAUUGGAAAAAGCGUUGCGUGACAAAUUCCAAGGACACUGGUAUCCGGAGAAACCCUUCAAGGGCUCGGCAUAUCGUUGUCUCAAAACCGGUGAUCCUAUUGACUCGGUGCUAGGACGUGCAGCUCGUGAAAGUGGUGUACCAAUAACUGAUAUCCUUGAGAACCUACCCAAUGAGCUAUCCGUCUGGGUGGACCCCGGUGAGGUGUCGUACCGCAUCGGCGAGAAAGGGGCAGUUAAGAUACUCUAUACGGAGAACAAUGAGAACCAUGAGGAUAGCCACUCGGCGGAUCGAGAGGUUACGAAGACGUUCAAUCCGGAGGCACAAUGCUUUCGUCCCAUCGACGUGGUCAACACGACCAUGAACAACUUGAGCUUAAGUCCAAAGGCAUUGCCACUACCGUUGCCAUUGCCGCCGUCGGGCUCCUCACCACACUCGGUCGCUUCUAGCUCCCCGCCAUGUAAGGGCAGCCCGAAUCCCAAUGGCUGUGUCUCCAGCGGUGCCAGUCUCUCUGGCAGCAACACUGUGACUGCCACCGCUACUGCCGCCGCCUUUGUGCAGCGUGCCGCUCAGGCGCCGCUAACAUUUACAACGGCCACCUUUGCCCAGACAAAGUUCGGCAGCACCAAACUCAAGACUAGUUCCAAGCGUACCAACAGCAGCUCGUAUCGCAUGUCGCCCACUGAAUUCUCAAACUAUAUCAAGCAACGUGCCAUGCAACAGCAGCUGCAUCAUGGCCACAGCGUUGGUGGCUCAUCGGCGGCGGCCUUUGGAGCAUUGGACGCCGUAUCCCCGGCACGUUCGCUCUCACCCAAUCCGCUGGCAUUGGGUAACAAUAAGACCGCCCCGACUGCUGAACCCUUCUAUUACGCCAAUAUACCAAUGGGCCUCUAUCCCCAGUACAACGGGCAGCGCACUCUCUUCGAGCCACACUAUAACACGGAUGCGGCCAACAUUAGCGUCUGUUUCGGCAGUGCGACAACAGCCGUCUCCACUAGCAGCAACAGCUACAGUACUUAUCUCGAUCCCUGCUACUUUUCCAACGGUCAUCUUAACACGAAUGUGAAUGCUAAUGCCAAUGCCACUGCAACUGGAGCUGCAGCUGGAGCUGGAGCUGUUGGCGAUCAGCAGCAGUUGGAGCAUGCCAACAGCAGCGAGACCUGCUUUGCAUUGGACACAGAUCAGAGCAGCAUUGCUGGCGCUGCAGUCGAGGAGGUGGGUAACGCAGCCACUGGUGAAUCAUCAAUCGAUAGCAGUCCCAUUACCACGCCCACUGAUGGCAUUAUGCCAAGUCUAAACACUGUCAAUACAUCGGUUGCAACAGCAGUUUCUGCCACCAGUUCUGCCACCGCCACCGCCACCGCCAACUCUACAGUUACCGGAUCAGCUGCUGCAUCCGGAUCUGUCAAUCAAGACUCCUCCGCUUCUGCUGCUAGCAACAGCAAGUUACUCGAUGGCCUCAGCUCGUUCUACGGCACCGGAUCCUCCUACCAGCAACUGUUAGUCGCCAACUAGACCCUUCCUGGAAACCCAGUUAAGAUCAUUGAUAAUCAAAUCGCAAAGAGACAAAUUAAAACAAAAAACCAAAUCAAAUAAAUUAAAAGACGUCUGCGGUGGUAACAUUUAAGAAGCAAGCGGCCAAGCUAUCUUAAUUUAGAUUAAUGCAUGUUAUAUGGUCUUUAAAUGUGACCCAAAAUCACCCCAGAACAUAUUCUACAGUCAGAACGUUGUAUUAUUAUUAAAACCAGACCCAGGCAGGAGUAGAAAAUGAUGAAAACCAGAAAACCAGAAAGCCCCAAAACCAAUGCAAGCAAUGCAUGUAGAAUGUUUAACUGUAACCAUUUUAAAUAGCGUAAAUCACGUACUUGUGUAUUACUAGGACAAGCCAAUGAGCCCGACCAACCAACCGACAACCACAAUCUCAACCAAGUUAAGAAUGUUGCGGUCUCUGACGGCGACUCUGAUCGAUUCUCCAGCUUACAAAAAAAGGGGGGGAAAAGCGUUGUAUGAAACUUUUCUGUUCUGUUCUGUUCUGUUCUGUUUUUUUCUUUUUCCAUCCGAUUGCGUUUAAACGUUAUUUUCAAAGAGAAAUUUUUGAUUUUCACAACUUUCACAUCCAGUCAGUUUCAGACUCAUUCUGCGGAUCCUUGCGAAGCCAGGAAAUGGCUACAUCAAUAGCCAAAACGCGUACAUACAUAAAUACAUACAUACAUACAUGCAUACAAAAUACUAACAAGAUACAAGAAGAAAAAACACUCAAAACGAAAUCCUUUUUAGAAUUUCUAAAUUAAUUGUUUUUAAAUUGUUAUAGAUACAUACAUAUGAAAGAAGAAGAAAAAGAAAAAAACAAGAUGAAAAGAAUACUAUUAAAUCCAAAGUUGGGCAUCCCUGACAUAAAGUUUUUAAUUAGUUGUAACUUAAGAGAUAAGUUAUUUUUUGUAUAGAGACAAACAAUGAUGAACUAAAAAAAAUGAAAAAUGAAAAAUGAACACGAGAAACGUGUUACAAAACAUAGGAUCGAAAUUUGCAUACCCUUCGAACAAGCAAGAUUUGAUUGAUCACAAUGAUGGAACAGGAUAUCAGACAUAGAUAUAGCUGGAAAUCAGUUGCUGCCUAAAUUGAAAUGAACUUCAAACACAAUGAUUCGAAAAAUAAUUGCAUAAAUCAAAAUAUGACUUUUAAUUGCAUACUUAUGAGUCGACCACAAACUAUAUUGUAUUUUGAGUUGUCCAAUUGCCAAAGGUCCGAUCAAGAACAUUUAUUUAUCAUAAUGCAUUAGCUUAAUUUAUUUUAUUUUUGUUUCUCUUUUUUGUUUGUUUGUUUUUCGUAGGGUAUGCAAAUUCGGCGCGCCGAAAAAGUUGUUUCAAUUUUUUGUGUGCGAUAUGUGUGUGUAUUACUAUUUGACUUUUUUUGUAUAUGCAUGUAUAUCUAUUUUUAUAUGAACAUUUGUAAUUUUUAUAAAAUCAAGUAAAGUAAAAACAAUUUUAUACUUUUUAUACGGGCUUACGUGAAAUACCUUGUGCUAUAUAAAUGUUUACUUUCAUUUAAAAAAAAAAAAAAACAAAAAUAUAAACAACAAAUCAAAUAAGCAUUUUUAUUUAUAGCUUAUACAUUCAUGCAUGCAUAUACAUAAAUAUAUAUACAUAUAUACACAUGUAAGUAUAUCUAUAAUAGUUAUUAUGUAAUUUCGAUUCGGAAGCCUCUCAAAUUCAAAUUCAAUAAUACAAAAAAAAUGACAAAAGAAA